AUGUAUACGCGUUUUCUUAGAUUUUUUGUAAUUGGUUUAAAUAGCUAUUACUUAAUUAAAAGAAAAAAUAAAAUAUUUUUUUGUGAAGAUAAGCAAAUUGAAAAGGUAUUUUUGUUUGGAGAUAAACGUUCUUUAAUUAAAGAUAUUAAAGAGAAUGGGGAGGCAACGUUUUUUGAAAAAAAUCAAAUAAAAGUAAAGAAAAUAACAUUUGGUAAUUGUAUAGGUAGUUGUAUAACUGAAAAUGAUGAUAUAUAUAUAUGGGGAUCCUAUGAAAAUAAAGAAAAUAAUGAUAUAAUUUAUAUUAAUCCUGUAAAAUUAAACAUAAAGGAGAUUAUUUCUGAUAUUCAGUUUUCAAAUAAUGAUAUAUAUUUAAUGAGUAAAAAAGGUGAAUUAAAAAUUAUACGAAACUAUGAAAAUUGUUUAAGAACUGGAAAAUUUAUAAUAGAAAAUUUCUAUAAAUGUAAAGAUAGUUUUUUUUUUCGAAGUGAAAGAAUAAUAAAAUUAAGUGUAAAUAAGUUUCAUUUAGCUUUUGUUACAAACAAAGGAAAUAUUUUUUGUUCAGGUAAUAAUUUUUAUGGGCAAUGUGCAAAGGAGCCAUCUUUGAAAAAUAAUUUAAAUUUAAAUUAUAAUUUUGAUUUUUUAAAUAAUUUCUCCAAUUCAUUAAACACACUAGAUAAUACUCAUAGAAACAUUAUAGAAAAUGAUUAUUCUGUCAAGAAGGAAAAUAAUCGUUCCGAAAUAAAUAAUGAGAAAUACAGUGUAGAUUAUCAUAAUAAGGUAGAAGAAAAAAAUAACAACACAAAUAGUAAUUCAAAUAAAACUAAUUUAGAAUUAGUUAGAACAUAUAAUAAUUUAGAAGAACACAAAGAAAAGAAUAUCUCUGAUAAAAAUAAUGAAGUUAAUUUUAUGGUUAUUAAUGAAAGUGAUAAGGAAAAAAGGAAUUUUAGUAAUUUUACUAUAAACAACAAUGAAGAAAAUUUAAAUGAUUUAAAUAAUUACGUAUAUAUUAAUAAAGUACAAUUUAAAGAAAAAACAAAGAUUAUUGAUGUCUCUUGUGGUAUAAAUCAUACUCUAUGUUUAGAUAACAAAAAUAAUAUAUAUAGCUUUGGUGAUGAUAGCAAAAUACAGUUAGGAUUAGGAGAAAGUAGAACAAAUAAAAAUUCCUUAACAGGAACGAAAUGGAAGGAUCAAAUAAAAUUUGGUUAUUCGUCAUUAACAAAAAAUUUAGCUAAUUAUUCUUUUUAUGAUAGACACAUACAAAGUAUUCCACAGAUGAUUCUAAAAAAAAUUAAUGACACUGAAAUUAUUAAUGAUGUAUAUAAAAUUAAUGCAGGUGCAAAUUUUUCUAUGAUUUAUUCAAAUGAUAAAUUCGGAAAGCAAUUAUUCUGUUUUGGAGAUAAUAUUUAUUUUCAAUGUGGAAGACAUUUGGGAAAACAUCAGCAAACUUUAUCUACUGUAAAAUUGCCUAAUAACGAGAUAAAAGAUUUUUCUUGUGGGAAUAGGCACUGUUUAUUAAAUUUAAAUAAUAAACUUUAUGGUUGGGGAUACAAUAAUAAUUACCAAAUAUCACCAUUUAAAAAUAAAGGUAUAAUAAAUUAUCCACUAUGUAUUUUUUCUGAUAAAAAUUAUCCAAAAAAUUUUAAUAUAAAGUACAUUAAUGCUAAAUAUGAUAAUUCUGCUAUCAUAAUAACACACAAAAACUAUGAAUAA